AUGCCGGACAAAACAGAAAACCAAGAAAUCGAAAAUGCUGUCGGCGUCGGCAUCCUCGAUGAAGCCCCCGACAAGAAUCUCACCAACUACAACUUGGUCGAUAGGGAGGUUGCCAAGUACGCCACCGAUGGAGCUAUCGAGAUCGAUGAAGCCACAAAUAAGCGCCUGAAGAAAAUGAUCGAUAAGCGCAUUUUGGUGGUGAUGAUGAUUACAUACCUGAUCCAGACACUCGACAAGGGCGCACUGGCCUUUUCGUCAAUAAUGGGAAUCAAAGAGGAUGCACAUUUGCAGGGGAAUCAAUAUCAAUGGUUGACAACAAUCGUCUACCUGGUGAUUCUUUGCGUCGAGUUUCCGGAAAACUGGAUCAUCCAGCGGGUACCAAUUGCCAAAUGGCUGUCCUUGAACAUUUUGUUAUGGGGUAUAUGUAUCGCGCUGAUCUCAGCCAUGCGGAGCUUUACUGGCCUAAUCAUCUUGCGUGCUUUCAUGGGUGCUUUUGAAGCGGCAUGCCAACCAACAUUUGUGAUUUUAAGUUCAACAUGGUACAAGCGCGAAGAGCAAGGAAGCGUCAUCAAUCUCUGGUUAGUCAAUUAUCCUAGUGCCGACGAGAAGGAGACAAUCGCUGAUAAUUCUAGGUUCAUGAUGAACGGUAUCCAGAACAUCGUUGGUGGUCUUUUAGCCUUUGCAUUUUCCUUCGUCCCAUCGAACUCGCCGGUGAAGUCAUGGGAAGCUCUUUUCAUGACUUAUGGUAUUAUCACUGUUUUAUGGGCAGCCUUUGUGUUCUUUUGGAUGCCCGAUUCCCCCAUGCGCGCGAAGUGCUGGUCGGAAGAGGAUAAGCAACUGAUGGUUGAGAGGGUACGACAAAACCAGACCGGUCUGCAGAACCGUAUAUUCCGAAAGGAACAGGUCUGGGAUGCACUGACAGAUCCCCAGCUCUACGCUUUCGCUGUCAUUCAAAUAGUCAGUGCCCUUCCUAGUGGGGGAAUUGGGGCCUACGUCAAUAUAAUUAUCAACUCAUUCGGAUACAGUACUUGGGAGAGCCAGCUUCUGACUAUGGUCGUCGGUGCUGUUCUCGCAAUUGCCAUGAUGACAUCGGCAUAUCUUGAUCGCCGCUUUGGAAACACAAUCAUCAUCAUGAUAUCCUCCCGAGUCGGCAUGCUCAUCGCUUAUUGGCUAUUCUACUCAUUUUUUGCCGUGUCCUCCCUUUCUCUGGCCCUUCUUUCUCGAAAUGUGGCCGGACAAACCAAGAAGUCUAUCGUCAUUGCUUCUAACUUUGUCUGCUGGGCCGCGGGAAACUCAAUUGGACCACAGGUCUUCCGAGACAAAGAUGCACCGCGGUAUUAUCUUGCGUUCUCGGUUCUCCUUGGAUGCUUUGGGGUAAUGAUCAUUACUCUAUGCCUCUUGCGAUUGUGGUACUCGAUUCAAAACCGGAAGCGGGAUGCGAAGAUUGCCUCCGGGGAGGUGCUUCCCGAUGUUAGCUUCGCACAUGGAUUUGAGGAUAUCACGGAUCGAGAAAACCCACAUUUCAGAUAUUCUUACUAA